GGCUUGCCCCGGACCCCGACCCUCCUCACAUCAACAAUCCCGGGCGCUCGCGCGGCGCCGCGGCCCAGUCCCCGCCCUCCUGCUGCUGCCACCUGCCGCCUGGCCGCGCCGGCGGGGACUGCCCAGCCGCCUUCAGGAGGGCAGGCCGCGUCUGCCGCCCCGCGAGACCAGGAGGGCUAGCGCCGCGGAGCAGGAAGCGAGCAGCCGGCGGAGGCGCGGCGGCGCCGGGCCGGCCUUGUUUUCCUCAGGCUCGCUCCGCUCUGAGCCGCAGCCUCGCUUGCCUCAGGCUCGCUCUCGGCCGCGGCCUUCUUUCCUUCAGGCUCGGUCGCGGCCUUGCUUGUCCCAGGCUUGCUCCCCGGCCGCCUCCGUCCUCUCUUCAAGCUCGCUCUGCGGCCGUUCCCACCUCCUUCCAGGCUCGCUCCCCGCCACCGCAUUCCUCCUCCUCCUCCCAGGCUCGCUCCCGGGCCGCCGCCCCUCAGCCGCCCAGGCUGCGCCGGUGCUCGCGUGGGGCCUUGUUGCGUUUCAGCUCGGGGUCGCCGCAGGGGCGGGGCGCUGAGCGGUCUGCCGCGGCCUCCCCGGGUCGUCUGCCCGCCUUCCUCCGCAGUCCGGAGCCUGGCGGAGCCCAGACCUGGCGGGGACAGCUGCGCACCCGGCCCGGCACCCAGAGCCUGCCGCCACCACCGCCACCGUCCAUCGUUGGUACCGGCAAUGGCCUUCGUCUCGCCUGAUGUGCUUGUGACUGAUUUGGAUCCGGAAUAUUGAGAACUCACUUCUGUCCCCAUCCCAGCCGUGGCCGCCCACUGGACUCAACUGCAGCGUCGCUAGACUGCCCCAUUUUGAGAGCACCAUGGACCAAAGUGGGAUGGAGAUUCCUGUGACUCUCAUCAUUAAAGCACCGAAUCAGAAAUACAGUGACCAGACUAUUAGCUGCUUCUUGAACUGGACCGUGGGGAAACUAAAAACGCAUCUAUCUAACGUGUACCCUAGCAAACCAUUGACAAAGGACCAGAGGUUGGUGUAUUCUGGCAGACUGCUUCCUGACCAUCUGCAGCUGAAAGACAUCCUCAGAAAACAAGAUGAGUAUCAUAUGGUUCAUCUAGUCUGUGCUUCUCGGAGUCCUCCCAGUUCUCCAAAAUCCAGCACCGAUAGAGGAAGUCACGAAGCACUGGCAUCCAGCACCAGCUCUAAUUCAGACCAUUCGGAUUCAACAACUCCAUCACCCAGUCAGGAGAGUUUGUCAUUAGUUACUGGUUCUUCAGAAGGAUUGAGACAACGUACCCUUUCACAAGCACAGACUGACCCAGCCCAGAGUCAUCAGUUUCCAUAUGUAAUCCAAGGAAAUGUGGAUCACCAGUUUCCUGGGCAAGGUGUGCCCCCUGCGUUCCCAGUGUACCCUGCGCUCAGCCCACUGCAGAUGCUGUGGUGGCAGCAGAUGUACGCUCAUCAGUAUUAUAUGCAAUAUCAAGCUGCAGUUUCAGCUCAGGCCACAUCAAGUGCCGGCUCAGCCCAGCGUGCUGCAUCAUCACCUCUAAAUUUGGCACAUGUUCCUGGAGAAGAGCCUCCACCAGCUCCCAACCUAGUGGCCCAAGAAAAUGGGCCCAUGAAUGAGAAUGUUCAAAUGAAUGCACAGGGCGGCCCAGUGCUGAAUGAAGAAGACUUGAACCGCGACUGGCUGGACUGGGUGUACACGUUCUCCCGAGCUGCCGUCCUCCUCAGCAUCGUAUACUUCUAUUCUUCUUUCAGUCGGUUUAUCAUGACACCAAGCUGGAUGGUUUCCGUUCAGGCAAGAAGGCGGUCAGCAACAAGCUCCCAACAAUGUGGACGCUAACAAUGACGGGCAUAAUGCAAACAAUCUAGAACUUGAAGAAAUGGAGCGCCUUAUGGAUGAUGGACUUGAAGAUGAGAGUGGAGAAGAUGCAGGUGAAGAUGCCAGUGCAGCUCAAAGGCCUGGGUUAAUGGCUUCAGCUUGGUCUUUUAUCACCACCUUUUUUACUUCACUAAUACCAGAGGGGCCUCCCCAAGUUGCCAAUUAGACCUAAAAAACUGUGCCAGCUGCAAAGGAGGGUUUGACUUUAGGAAAGCGGUUUAAAUAACAGUGCAAUUUAAAAACAAUGUAUAACUUUUUUUUUGAUGAUCAUGUACAGAGGUCUUUUCUUUAAGCUUCUCAUGCAUAUGAAUAUUUUAAGCACAAAUGGACUACUAAGCUUGUGAUUUUUCUUUCUUUGUUUGUUUAAAGAGCCUAACAACAUAGCAUUGCUAACAGUACUGGUCUUCCAGCUUUAUUCAUUUCAAUUAUGUGUAGUGCGCCAAGCAGAACCACUGUGUAUUAUUUCUUUAAAGAGCUGCUACACCUUUAAAUGUUCAUAGCUAGAUGGCCAGCCCUUCAAUGUGUACUUUGAAUAAAUAUAUCUAUUUUCUGUGAAUUAUCCUGAAAGUUUUAAACAGAAAUGACCUCAUAGUUUUUAAUAAAGUUUAUUUACCUAAAAUGUGCUAGUAGCAUCUUGCCCACCCAUAAAGCAAUAAACUUCUCAAAAAUAUUAAUUUUGACAUUUGAAUAAAUGAUGGAAACUUUCUAUUUUAAGGGCACAUGUCCCAUCAGUUGGAAUUAGUACCUUAAGAGGAAAAAAAAAAAAAGGCAGCUCUUCAUUGGAAUUAAGUGAUACAAAAUGUUUGAUAUGGCAGAACUUUUAUAAAAUAUGCUGGAAAUUGCUCCCUGUAAUUUUUUAAAUAAAGAGUCAAUUAUGAUAAACAGCCUUAUGGGAUAUUUAUUCAAGUUCUUCGAUACUAAUUUACCUGCAAAAGUAUAUUUAAAUUUUACAAGUUUUUUUUUAAAGGGUUAGUGUCUUUCAGGUCAGUUUGGCUUUCUUCCAUUCCAAAGGACACCUCUUAGUUUUCAGGCCAACUGGCCCUGACAGACAUGCUCCUGUGUUAGACCCUGAGCCUCCUACACAAGUGCCUACAGUAGUGGCCGAAGAAUGCAGAGCUAUUGAAACUCGUGAUAAGUUUAUUUCCUUCUGUUGGAAGCUAGCGAGAAGCCUUAUGGAAUUUGCUGAGGGGCAGCAUCUUGGGGACACUUUUGUGGAAGUGUUGUCAUUACAGGGACACUGCAGGACACUGUGUCUCAGCCCAGACAGAGCCUCAGGAGGAAGAUGCUGGUCAGAUUUGCCCAGAAAGGGUAACAGCUAUGGGUUCUAGAAAUAGUAAAUGCGUUCCUAUUUUUUAAUUAUCAUCUCUAUUUUGUUAAUUUCCUUAUGCUAGCCUUACUUUCAGUAAGUCUUGGUAAGAACAAAACUAACAACCAAAAAAAUUAGUCAGGUGUCAGCCAUGUUUUAGAGGGACCUGUAUAGUUCCAAACAGCUGUGGUACUUAAAGAUCUUUUUCAAACAGCAGAAAAGGAUAUACAGAAGCCGAGAGACUGCUCUGACGGCCACGUGGUGACUAGUGACAACUAGGAUAAUGUUUCCUAGAAUGCUUCCCAGGGACUUGGUCUGUUUCUUACACUUGACAGAAAGGAUUAGGUCUUCUCCAGUGAAAGCUUCUGUUAAUGUGUAGGCAAAGAAAGGGCUGAUUCAAGGGCGGGAGAGGGAAGACAUGUGAUCCGUCGUGUGCCUCCACAGCCCAGUAUACUAAUUAGUCUCUCUGUCAUCACUACUGAUACGAGACAUAUCACAGUAGUGGGAUGGAGACCAAUUUUAGAGCCACAAUUGUGUAGUCCAGUGGCAGGUUUAUUUGUUUUGUUUUUAAAGGAAUGAUUCAUUUUUUACCUCACAGUUAAGACUUGAUUUCCACCUCACAUUUUAGUAGACUGUGGUGAGGCAGCCUGGUGUCUUGGUGAAUCUGGGAUGCUGGCACUGGAUCUGCAGAGCUGGGCCAGGCUCUGGGAAGUGAGUUCUUUACUAGCAACCUGUCUGGGAAGGCGGUGCGGCUGGCUGGCUCAUCUCCACUGGUGGAAGGUCCUGCCUUGACACUGCAAGGUAGUGGAAACCUAUGUGGUGGGCACAAAGCAUGUUUAUUGUACCUCAUUCUCACACAUUCAUUACACUGUGGAUGUUCUGAUAUUUAAACAUUUGGGAACAUUUAUACAAAACAGGAAUCCACGACAAUGCUUCGUGUUAUGGAACUGUGCAAGCCUUUUCUUAAAGUCCUCCGUGGAGCCUGCUGAGAAUCAUCCUCUUAAAAAGAGCAGAGUCAUCACUCAGGGCUUCUAUUGCUGAGCUUCUGGGGGCUUCAUUCCUUACCGUGACUCUUAGAAAGUGGAAGGUUUGCCAAGCACAAUGAGGCUUCAUCCCUACUGAAGGUUCGUCUCUUCCUAUAGCCAGCCCCAGGCUUCAGCCGUCCUUGCUCUACACUUAAUGGGUACAUCCUGGAGGCCCCAGGUUGGGGACUAGUUUGGAAGUCAUCUUGUCAACACUUACUUCCCAAUCCUGCUGCUGGAUUUGGACUCUUCCCCUGACUGAUCGACCACUCACUGCCUGCACACUGUUCAUGCAGCAUGUGCAGCAGCUCGAGUCUCUCCAGUGACCCAAGGCUACAGAAGAGGCAAGUGGGAAAACCGUGAACACACAUGGCCUUUACUAGUCACCAUUCACGUGGCAGAAGCACCAAGAGGCUGGUUUGGGGCCAUCUUGCACAUAGUAAUAAAAAUAAGUAGCUAGAUACUUUAAAGCAUGCCGUAUUCCUGCUGUCCUGUGGUAGCCACCAUGACCAAAAGCAACUUGGGGAGGAAAGGAUUUAUUUCAUCGUAACACUUGCAGUCCACCUUGAAUGGAAAUCAGGGCAGGAACUCAAAGCUGGAACCUAGAGGCAGGAGCUAAGGCAGAAAGCAUGAAGAAUUUUUGCCUAUGGGCUUGCUCGUCAUGGCUCCCUUAGCUUGCUUUCUUAUAUCACCCAGGACUACUUGCUCAGCAGUGGCACUGCCCACCAUUAGCUAGGUGCACCAACAUAAAUCACUAAUCAAGAAAAUACCCUGCAGUCUUGCCUACAGGUAGUCUGAGGUUUCUCAGUUGAGAUUUCUCAAAUAACUAGCUUGUAUCAAGUUUAUAAAACUAACCAGGAUGCCGGCUGCAUGCUAACUGUACACCGUCAUUUUAAAAUGUUUUCAGAACAACUCAAGGUUGUAACUUUCACUGUUACUUCUGUUUCUCAGACUGAGAACACCACACGUAAAUAACUGGCCCCAGACCAUUCGGGUAGUACAUCAUAGCGCUCUGCUCUGCUUUGCACCGUGCACUCUUAAUAACAUUUGCAGUCCAUUCUUAGGAACAAGGGAUGUGAGGUUCCUAGCUCUGAAGCAAAUUGGGAUGAGCUUGUUUUGCACCAAGCCUUCUGUGGUGAAAAACAAGAAAAGUCCCAUGAUCCCAGGGCUGACAGAAGGAUGCGCACUCCCGAGCAGAGGAGAGUGACUGGCACUUGCUGAUGUUAGGGGUGAGUAGACAGUUUAGAAGACUUAUUAGAAACAAAUGUAAGAGCUCAGGAGCCUUUCACAAACUCUCCUCUGAUCAUUUCAGGGAUAAUAGGGAAGGUUUUGGUUUACAAAAAGGUACAAAACUGUUUCUCAUUUCUCAGUCCUCUUAAUGCUGUGACCUUUUAAUGCAGUUGCUCAUGUUGUGACCCCAACCAUAAAAUUAUUUUGUUGCUACUUAAUAACUGUAAUGUUGCUACUGCUAUAAAUUGUAAUAGAAACAUCUGACAUGCAGGAUAUUUGCUAUGCCACCCACCCCUGUGGAGUCUCGUAGGUUGAGAACCCUUGGUGUAGGGAGUGUUUACUGGGACCUGGUAUGGAUGCAGCACUUAAGGAUUUGUAGGGAAAAGAAGUGUUAGGAAUGGUUAGUAACUGAACAAAGCAUGCUUAAAGGAGAGGAGGGAUUGUCAGACUCCAGUCUUUCCAUGGUAAAUCUGGUUUGUCACACUGGAAAAUUAGAGCAAACUUGCCAAAUCUUUGUGUAUUGCUUCUUGAAGAUUGUGAACCUGUUAUUAUUCCCAGUGAUGGGCAGAAGCACAGGGGUAGAUGGCUGCACUGUGUAACUUUGAACACUAGGUGGUGGUAUAGUACCACCCUGUCUAUGGUGUUGACUGUUUUUCUUCAGCUCUUGGGGAGCCUGGUAGGGAGGAUGCUACCUUACCUUAGGAAGAACAAGCAUGUAAGAGAAGACACUUUUGACCUUGAUAGUGUGGUCUUGAUGUCAAACUCCAAGGAAGGUUGGAGACCAUUGUUUUUAGUUACUCCUGGUCCUAACCAGCCCUAAUCAGUCAAGUUAGGCAUCCACGCUCCCAGCAGAUUUUGUGAGUGAGGUAGGAUGUCUAGGUGACCAGAAGCUCCUCACUAUGGAAGGUGUUCAAAGAGACAAGAGAUUUAAAGCCUUCCUUUAUCUCUAAGCCAGGGGUGGUAGGGGUGUACUUAGGGAAUGGUGUAGGCCUGUUCCUCCCUCUACUCUAGGACUUGCUGGUGAUUGCAGGUCUUCCUACAAGAAAACCCAGUUCUUCCAGACACCCUGGGAGUUGCCAUAGUUUAUUCCACUUCUCAGAAGGACCGAGGUCAUGAGAGAGGAAGGCUGGGAAACUGCCUUGCCAAUGAGGGACUGGGGGCACUAAGGAGCCAGGGUAACGAGGCAUACCAAGGACUUCAGAGGAAAGAUGUUUGUGGGACAACUAUCAGCAAUUGAAUAUAGCCUGUAGCUUAGCUAAUACUAACACUUCAACGGUCCUGCCAUCAUUUUGAUUAUUGUACUAUGUCUAUCUUCAAUAUUAGCAUUUUGAGAAGAUGGGUAAGUGGUAUGCAGGGAUUUUUUUCAGUGCUAUUUAUAAUGGAUCAUAAAUUUUAAAAUUGUUUCAAACUUGAAAGUAACAAAGAUUAUAAAAUUUUACUUUUACAUGAUUAUAGAAUAUUUUAUGUUCUAUAAAUAUAAAUAAAUAAAUGAAUAAAUAAAUAAAUAAAUAAAUAUAGAGAUAAUAGAAUUGAUCCUUGUACAGGUGACUCAAAGGUGCUGGAUGAAGAGGAGGGCACCCCAGAAAUGAAGUGCUUUCUGCCGAGUUGGCCAUUCACUGCAACUCUCCAAGGAUCUCCCUACAUCAGAAUCAGUUCCUGAUGGUGGAACUGGACCACCGUUUUCUAGGCAAGAGCCAUUUCAGUAUUGGACAGACUCCGUAAUAGCACAACUCUAUUUACGGUCUAAGCAUUUGCUUAAUGAGGCUCUAUCCUAUGCCUUAUGCCCAUUUAGCUAUUCUCUAGGGAAAUGUUUCUUUCCUUUUUAUCUAAUUCCAUAAUUCAGGGAUUUAAUCAUUAUUGCCUGAAAUCAAAAUAUCUAAAUCAAAUGUUUAUAAUUGCUGAAUGCUGUUUUUGACAUCAUUCUUUAGCUCUUAAGAUCAGAACUUAUAAUUCUGGAAGUUUUAAAAAUGUUACAGUGAAGUUACAAAACUAAUACAGAGUCAUACAUGACCACUCAACAUUUUUUCUGUAAUCCUCAGCUUACAUUAGGUUGGGACAUUUGCUGCAGCUAAUAAACCAAUUUUGAUACACUAUUUUAAAACUGUAACUUAUACUUUCUCAGACACACUUUAUCUUGAAUGGAUGUUCCCUCCUCUUAUUCUAGAAUCCUCUCUGUUCUAAGUUUCCUUCUGACUGUUCAGUCUAUUCACAACUUCAAAACUCACCUAGACCUUGUCCAUUUUAAGGGUUAUGAGCCAGAUUAUUUUUUUUGUGAGUGUCCACUGUUUUGAAUUGUGCAGAUAUUUUACCCAUGACUAACUGGGGUUAUGUGCCUUUAGGGAGACCACAGAACCAUGGGGCACAUGCCAUCAGCAUGGCUUAGCACUGGUGAUACUGACUUUGAUCAGUUUCUCCCCUGGGAAUCUCUUCUCCCUCUCCUUCCACAGAGGCUCUCUGGAAGGAGGUGCUUUGUGCAGCUUUCCUUAAGGACUCGGUAGGUUCACUGUACUCAGAGUGGUGUGUCUACAUAAAGCAUUAGAAAUUCUUCCACAUGGAACCCAUCUUUUUUUAACUGGUCUUUUUUAUUUCUUUGUGAUAGCUUGGCCUCAUUCUAUUUACUUUAUACUUUGAAUUUUAACCUGAUUUCUGCUUUGUUUUGUUGUUGCCCAGUCCCACCCCACUAGUGGGAUCUCUUUCAAAGGCCUCCUGCAUCCACCACUGUGCUUUUUCUUCAGGAAACCUCCUUAUGCUUCCUGCUACCCAGGUUCAUGUGCAUUUUCUCCACCAGUUCUAGAAUCAGCCACUUCUGCAGUGAGCUGAGGGAGCAGGGCCGCUGUUAUUAUAGUUAGGAUGUCCUUUCUAUGAGGAAAGUUUGUAAUGGUCUGGUAGUGAAAAGUCAAACGUUUUGAGAUGUGAAAACCACAUCUUUCCUUCUGUAAUUUGCAUAUAUAAUAAGAUAUAAUGUAAGGUGCAAUGAAAGGAGCAGUGUGAAUCAGGUAGUGGUGGUGAACACCUCAAAUCCCAGCUCAUGAGGCAGAGGGAGUCAAAUCUUGGUCUACAGAUUGAGUUCCAAGAUGGCCAGGGCUAUACAGAGAAACCCUGUUUUAUUAAAUACAUACAUACAUACAUACAUACAUACAUACACAAGAAAUAAAAAAAAAAAACCAAGACACACACAAAACUCCCACCAUAAAACCACAAAAAUGAAAAUCAAACAAACAAAAGGCCAACAAUACAAACAGCAACAAAACAAAACAAGAUAGAGGAAAAGUCCAGAACACACUAUUGCAUUCAUUUUAUGUUGGCCUCCUCCUCCUCCUCAAGGGGACCGAACCUCUGUGUGGUUGAUAUACCCAGUGAUACGCCAUUGGAGAAGACUGAUUUUCCCUUUACUAGUGGCUACCAAUUACAGAUAGUUUCUUGAUUAGGGUUGGGACCCUGUGUCCACUUUCCCCUCUCAGUUUUGGGACCGUAACUUGAACCUAUGCAGGUCUUGUGCAUGCCAUCACAAUCUUGGUGAGUUUUAUGUGUGCAUAAGGCAGUUUCCUUGGAGUCACCCAUCACCUACACCUCUUAGAGUCUCUCCACUUCUUCAGCACAGAUUCCCUGGGGACAGAGUGUAGGGGGUUGAUGGAGACAUCCCAUUUAGGAUUGAGUGCUCAAGGCCUCACUCUGCACAUUGUCAUAAUGUUGGUCUUGUGUUCAUUUUCAUACACUUGCAAGAAGCUUCUCUAAUGUGGGUUAAGUGAGGCAUUGGGUAUAUAGGUAUAGGAGUAGGUAAUUUUUUCUGCUAUGUUCCUUAAGCAGAAUAAUAGUACUAGGCUUUCCCUUAGGCCUAUGAUCUAUCUAGUCUCAGGCGCUUGGCCACUUAAGCAAUGGCAGGUACAGGUAUCAUCUCAUUUAUUGUGUCAAAACAUGAUCAAAAGAACAACUCGGGUCUUAGCGCCAUCUUCCUUGAGACUCCUGCACCAUGAGAGCGAAGUGGCGGAAGAAGAGAAUGCGCAGGCUGAAGCGCAAGAGAAGAAAGAUGAGGCAGAGGUCCAAGUAAGCCAGCCCGUGCACCUACGACGCCUGCAGGAGCAGAAGUGAGGGAUGCUGAGGGCCGAGACAAGCUAUCGGACUGUGUGCUGCCAUGAGUCUCAAUAGACCUGGAACGUCACCUCGCCGCGAUCGCCUGGAGAAAUGACCGCCUUUCUUACAACCAAAACAGUCCCUCAGCCCUGGACCCCCGGCACUCUGGACUAGCUCUGUUCUCUUGUGGCCAAGUGUAGCUCGUGUACAAUAAACCCUCUUGCAGUCAGCUGAAGAAUCAAAAAAAAAAAAAAAAAAAAAAAAA